GUUGCUGUGUGAGCGUUGGGCAGCCCCGCCCCUUGCAGUCAAUGCCUGCAGGCAGCAUGACAGGGAGCGGAGCAGCGAGUGCGCUCUGAUCGCGCGCUAUUUUAAUAAAGUAUCGAUACUAAAAAUAUGCAAAAUCGUAUCGUUUUUAACGUACAGGUACCGCGGUACCUUUUUAGUAUCGAUACACCGUGCAACCCUACUUCAUGGUGCAGUUGGGCAGCCAUUUACCACAUCUGACAUUCGUUUUCCAGAAGAAGGGGGUGUUUCUGUCCAGAAACUACCCAAACAUCUGGCAAUCUUUCAAGAGGUGACAAGUGCUUUCAACCCUUAAAGGGCUGCCAUCCUCUAGGCAUCCAACUUGAGGAAGGUGAUGGCCAUCUCAUUCUGAAGUAUAUGGUAAUAUGGUCCUCACUCUUCCUGGGCAGACCUCCCGCAAGUAGCCAACCCACGUGGCAGCAGAGCGGCUCCACCUCAGCCAGAAGAAUGGAGUGAGGGACUUACCAGUACCUCCAGAAGCAGACCCAGAUGACUCUGAAGCAGAGGGGGAGCUUGUGUGGUGAAGUCCUGGGAUCAGAGGUGUAGUUUGAAAUGAGAGAAUAGUCACACUGGCCUGUUUUUGGAGCCCAGAGAAGAGAAGCACAGAGCGUCUCGGGGAAAGGUUAGGGAGAGGGGAGCAAAUGUGGGAGCAGGCAGUGAGUAGGAGGGCUGCUGAAAAUGAUGGUUUCAAGUUUCUUGUGAUGUCACAUGCAGAGACACUCCUCUUCCUCUCCAUAAAAAGAAAACAAGUUAACUGUGACUUUCUGCACUAGGCCUCUGCUCUGGUGAUGGAUUGCUCUGCAGGGAAUUCGCCGGGCUCCUAUAUGGCCAUCUCAUACACACUGGGCCUAUUGAAUUGUUUCCAUGUUUCAGCUCUUUUCCCACUCCCUGCCUCUGAGUUGUGGUAACAGUGGAAAUAUGGUGACACCCCAGCUGAUGAUGGCUGCGGGGACAGCUGUGAUUGGCUCUCUCCAGUUUGGUUACAACACUGGUGUCAUCAACGCUCCUCAGAAUAUUAUUGAAAGUUUCUACAAUGAGACGUGGAGCAGCAGAUUUUCAGAGCCCAUCUCUCAAGGUACUUUAACAGGUCUGUGGUCGCUCUCUGUGGCCAUCUUCUCUGUGGGAGGAAUGUUCGGCUCUUUCUCUGUCGGCCUCUUCGUCAACCGCUUCGGCAGGAAGAACUCCAUGCUCAUGGCCAACAUGCUCGUCUUUAUUGCUGCUGCGUUUAUGGGCUUCUCCAAGCUGGCCGCUUCCUUUGAGAUGCUCAUCAUUGGACGUUUCAUAGUGGGUCUCUACUCCGGCCUCAGCACCGGCUUUGUGCCCAUGUAUGUUGAAGAAAUCUCACCCACAUCUCUGCGUGGCGCAUUAGGAACUCUGCAUCAACUUGGUGUAGUGAUCGGUAUUCUCAUGGCACAGAUCUUUGGGACUGAAUCCAUCUUGGGGAAUGCCUUCCUGUGGCCCCUCCUGCUGGCUUUCACUCUGCUGCCGGCUGUGCUGCAGUGUGUCCUGCUGCCCCUCUGCCCUGAGAGCCCCCGAUACCUGCUCAUCAACUGCAACGAGGAGAGCAAAGCCCGCAGCAUCUUGGUGAAGCUGCGGGGCACUGACGAGGUAACUGAGGACAUGCAGGAGAUGAAAGAGGAGAGCCAGCAGAUGAUGAGGGAGAAGACGGUGACCAUCCCCGAGCUGUUCCGCUCCCCCAUAUACCGCCAGCCUAUCUUUGUGGCCAUCAUGAUGCAGCUCUCGCAGCAGCUGUCUGGAAUCAACGCUGUGUUUUACUACUCCACUGGGAUCUUUGAGCGGGCAGGUGUGUCCCAGCCGGUCUAUGCAACCAUUGGUGCAGGAGUGGUCAACACUGCCUUCACUGUGGUUUCUUUGUUUGUGGUGGAGCGUGUGGGCAGAAGACCCCUUCAGCUCACUGGUUUGAUGGGAAUGGCUGUUUCAGCAGUUUUUCUAACCGUUGCCAUGGCGCUGUUGGACCAGGUCAGAUGGAUGUCCUAUGUCAGCAUUGUGGCCAUUUUCAGUUUUGUAGCCUUUUUUGAGAUUGGCCCCGGCCCCAUCCCCUGGUUCAUUGUGGCCGAGCUCUUCAGCCAGGGGCCCCGACCUGCUGCCUUUGCCGUUGCUGGUUUCUCCAAUUGGUCAGCCAACUUCUUAGUGGGGAUGGGCUUCCCGUAUGUUGAGCAACUCUGUGGCCCAUACGUCUUCAUCAUCUUCACGGUCCUGCUGCUUGGCUUCUUCACCUUCACCUACUUCAAGGUUCCAGAGACUAAGGGCCUUACCUUCGAUGAGAUUGCAGCAGGAUUCCGCCAGUCAGCUGGUCAGGGUGCUGACAAGUACUCGGCCCCUGAAGAGUUCAACACCCUCAGGGGGGACGACCCCAACCUUUGAAAGCUGCUGUACAUUCACACACUGGCAUGCAGCAAAGUUACCUGUUACACUUUUAGGACAGUGCUAUCGUGUUUGAAAUUUCCCAUAAACUAAUGCUAGGGUCGUUACAUUAGAGCUUUAGUCUUCAUACAGACGGUAAUAAAGAUGAUGACCUGACUGACGACAUCACUGGUUACUAUAGGCUCAGUCUGUAGGAAGUCUGUUUUCAGCACUUGCCAUGCUGGCAAGAAUGGCAUCACAUUUAAAAUGAAUUGAGUGAGUAAAUGAAGUGAGUGAGAGGCCGGGAUGUGCUGCAGCAGAAAAAACAAGCUGGGUUAAGACUCCUGCUGACACAUUCCUGCAUCACUAUGCACCCGUGAGCCUCUUUGCCAGAGAUGGGCAAAAAUACAUCAAAAUGUAUUUUGAUACAAAAUACCCCUCAAAUAAAUG